GGUUCGGGUUUGGGGUGGGGGAUGGAUCCUAUAAAAGAGGAAGCGAAGUCUUUGUUCUUGUUUACCGAUUGAACUAGAGGUCGCAGAAGUAGUAAUAGCCUUGAACAACCUGCACAAUCUGCACUUCUCUUCUUGCCUUUCUAUUAUCCUCACUUUGAAUCCCAUUGAAGAGCGCCACUUGAGGAAGAAGAAGUUUCAACGAAAGUCUCCGCCACCAUCUCAUCACAGCGACUAUUGGAAUCACCAUCCUCUCAAUAAUUCCCUUUCUCUUUCUCUUUCUCUCAACCCCCAUGAUGUCAAAAGUUCUUCUUUUCCCUUUAUUCCUAUCACUCCCGACCAUGUCGACUCCCUUCCGUUUUUAAUAUUUCUUGCUUUCCUCUUUUUUCCUUUUAACCCUUCCCUUACCUUUUCUAACAUUUCUCCCCACAUAAAACCCCCCAACCCUUCUCCUUCACGAUUCCUUCUCUUUUAUUCCCAAACCACGCCUAUUUCUGUUUCCCGCUACAGUCAUUACACUACCACCACACACACAAUACUACCACUACUACUAUUACUCAUAAUACUAUUACUAAUGGAAGACAGUAUCCUAUGUAAACACACACUCCAUCACACCGUCACCAAGAAGCUCCUCUUACCCAAAAAAUCCCAAACCAAUUCAAACACAGACCGCAGAGUAGUCCGGAUAUCAUACACUGAUCCCGAUGCCACCGACUCUUCCGGCGACGACGAACCCUUCCCCUUUGCCCGCCAGAGAAUCAAGCGCUAUGUCAACCACAUUCAGAUACAAACCGCCACCACCACCGCCCCCAGCGUUCUUCCCAAUGCUCGCAAGAGGCCCGCCGCCGAACCAUGCCGCCGCCAAGUCAAGCUCCACUCCGGCAAGAAGUUCCGCGGCGUCCGCCAGAGACCGUGGGGGAAAUGGGCCGCCGAGAUUCGAGAUCCGGCCAGAAGGGUGCGUCUCUGGUUGGGAACUUACGACACUGCCGAAGAAGCAGCCAUGGUCUACGACAAUGCCGCUAUCAGGCUUCGCGGCCCGGACGCCUUGACAAACUUCGUAACGCCGCCACAAAAAGAACCUCCGCCGGCUGCGGCUGCGGAGGUUCCCGAAUUGAAGGUCGGCGUGGGCGAAGAGGCCUCUGGGUCCGGGUACGACUCCGGCGACGAUCAUUGCCACCACAACCUCUCCUCCCCCACUUCGGUGCUCCACUUCCGAAGCAACUCGAGCGAAGAGAAUUCAGAGAAAGCCGAGGAAGGGUUGAGAGAGUGCCAGGGUGAGACAGAAACGAGUUGGUUGGACGAAAAGGGAGAGUUUAUGGCGCUGGAGAACUUGCCCGAGUGGAACGACGUGUUUAAUUUCGAAGCCCCCGAGUACCCUCUUGUGUUUGAAGAAGAGCACGUCGUAGAUGAGUCCCAGAUGUUGGGCGAAACGAUGGCGUUUUCCCCGGGCGAAGCUUUCAGCGACACAAGUAGUAUUUUGCUUGCGGAUUCCCUCAUAGAUUUCGACAAAGCGUGCUCUCCAUCCACCUUCUGCCAAGUGGACGAUUACUUCCAAGACAUUUUGCUAGCUUCUGAUCCUCUCGUUCUGCUCUGAGAUUUCUCUUUUCACUCACCAUACGUCAAUCGUUAAUCCUUAAUCCUUCCCUUUCCGCCCUGCCUAUUCACGGCAGAUUUUGCUCCCGGUGGUAAAAAUAUUAAAUAAAUUACUUCAUCUUUUGUUUUUCUUUUUCAAAGCAAAAAAAAAAAAAAGCCUUUAUUUUCGUAUUUUAUUUAUUCAGCUGUUUUAGGUACUCCGUUACAAAUUACGAACGGAGAUUAGUUGAGUUGAGUUGAGAGUGAAGUUUUGUUUAAAUUUUAAUUUGUAAUACUUGUUCCUCUGCUUAAUAAGUAGGAUGGUUGAGAAGCGAGAAUGUUGUAAUGUAUAUUUGUCCAGUAAGAUGUGAAUCCAAGUGUAAUGGAGUUA